CACGACGACAACCACGACGGACGACAAUGGCUCGGUAUGGCGUGCCCGCUGCCAUGGGUAGCAACAAAACGCCCUUUCCUACUCGACAGAUGGCGGUACUUGCGCUGUGCCGGAUAUGCGAACCCAUCGCCUUCAUGUCAAUAUUCCCCUAUGCCUACUUCAUGGUCGAGUCGUUCAUGAGCGGGCAGAGCGCAACGCAAAUCUCCAUGUACACGGGCAUGGUCACGUCGUCGUUUGCCUUUAUGGAGUGCAUCAGCGGCAUCUUCUGGGGCCGGCUCAGCGACCGGGUCGGGCGGAAGAAGGUGCUGCUCGGGGGCCUCUUUGGCACGGGGCUAAGCAUGCUUCUUUUCGGCUUCUCGCAGAGCCUGCCAAUGGCUCUGAUUGCGCGGGCGCUCGGGGGAUUGCUGAACGGGAACAUUAGCGUCCUCCAGACAACAGUCGCAGAGCUGAUCACGGAUGAGCGACACCAGCCGCGCGCUUAUUCCAUCAUGCCCUUUGUGUGGUGCCUUGGCACCAUCAUUGGCGGAGCGCUUGGCGGCCUCCUCGCGCGCCCUGCCGACGUAAUGCCCUUUUUCAGGCACACCCUUUUCGACACGUACCCGUUUCUUCUCCCAAACCUUGUUUGCACGGCUUUUGUUGUUCUCGGCCUCACGGUCGGCGUCUUGUUCCUCGAGGAGACGCACGAGGAUCGCAAGUACGACCAGGAUCGCGGCCGCGAGGUGGGGCAAUGGCUGCUUCGCAAACUUUGGAAGCGAGACGCAGAGCAAACCUUUGACGACAAGCAUGCCGCCCUCGACGAAAUGACAUGCAUGCUCAACAACCACGACCACCACACUGCCCACGCAUACCGCAGCACCGACAGCUCGCCCACGCUGUGCAGCACCCGCACCUCCAUUUCCGAGCUGCCCGACUUUUCCCUCGACAAGGACCUGGCCCCCGCCCCGACGUUCCGCCAAGCCCUUUCCAAGCAGGUGUGCAUGAAUGUCGUCUGCUACGGCAUCCUUGCCUUUCACACCAUCUCGCUCGAGCAGCUGCUGCCCAUUCUCAUGUCCAAGAAGCUGCCCUCUGCCGCCGCCCAGCACCUCCCCUUCCGCUUCGAGGGCGGCUUUGGCUGGUCGACGCAGACGACGGGCGCUUUCCUCGCCGCCCAGGGCUUUUUGCAGAUGUUUGCCCAGGUCAUUGUCUUUCCCUGGCUCAGCAAGAAGCUCGGCAGCCUCCGCACCUUUUGGAUUACUCUGACCUGCUACCCCAUUGUCUAUCUCCUCGCUCCCUACCUCGUCAUUCUCCCGGAAAGCCUUCGUAUCCCCGGACUCAUGCUUCUCCUCGUCGCAAAGGUCACGUUCCAGUCGCUCUCGUAUCCCUCUCUGGCCAUUAUCCUGGCAAACUCUUCGCCCUCGAAGAAGGUGCUUGGAACCCUCAACGGCAUCGCCAUGUCUUCUGCCAGUGUUGCUCGAGGCUUCGGCCCCACGGUAUCCGGUGCCGUCGACAGCCUGGGCACCUCGCUGCACAUGUCCGGCCUCGCAUGGUGGGCCAUUGCCGCUGUUGCCCUUGUCGGUUGGCUCCCCGGAUUCGCGCUGCACGAGGGCAACAAGCGAACACACUUUAGCCCCCAGGAAGACGAGGAGGCCCUUUUGGACACGGAUUCCGACGCUGACUCCAUCAUGACGCUGACUCCGGACGAUGCCGUAGAGACGGUCCUCUCCAAAUAGAAGGAAAAAGUUCACGACCAAAAGCAACACGGCGCAUUAACUUUCCUUGGAUAUACCGCACCCGCCACGAACCUAAUGUUCACGCGCUGGCAGCGACAAGAUUUUUUUUCCACUUCUUCUCUUCUUCUUCUUCUUCCUCUUCUUCUUCUUCUUCUUCUUCUUCUUUUUCUUUUUCUUCUUUUUCUUCGGCUUCUUUUUCACACUCGAUUUUUUUCUCUCUCUCUCUCUCUUUCUUCUCGGGAUAAUAGACGUUUAACUGGUGGAAUGACGAGGAUUCCAACACUUUUCAUUGGGCGCAUCAUCAUAUGGGAGCGACUUUAGCGACAUCACUUAUUGGGCG